CUACCUACUGACGACGAAGGACUCUCCAACAUGCUACUUGCGUCGUUGCUGUUAUAUCGGAGAAAAGAAAAACACAGUUGAAAACAUACUUGAGCUGAAAACUGGUGAACUGACGAAAAAAUCGUUUAAAUCAACCAAAAUAUUUAUGAUGACGGUUCAAAAUUCAGAAGUUUUGAAAUGAAAAAAAUCAAAAAGUUAAAUUUCAAAAUGAAAAACAGAAGAACAGUGUUGGCUUCGAACGGUUCGAUUUUCAGCACUACAUAAAAUGUGAAACUAUUAGAUUUGUUCGUUUUAUGAGUGUUUAGACACGAUAUUUUGUGGACGCUUCGGCUGAUUCCGUUCAGCAAUAUCUUAUCAUUGUGAUGCUUUCAAUACAUUGAUAUUCCGACGUUCCGUUGAACGUACACAUCAAACAAAUAGAAUCAAUCUCUGAUCUCAUCGAACACGGUUUUUUCUACAAAAGCCGUGACAUUUCGAACAAGUGUAACAAUUGCGAAAAGAGAAACACUUCGAAUUCAUUUGGCUUGAAGUCACGAUGUCAGUCAUAUUCACGGAAAUGGAAAAUCCAAAUAGCUGUCAAGCAAGCCCAUCGAAUACCGGAGCCGCCGUUAUUGUGCGUGUAUCAAUUGAUCCGUCGACUUAUGAUAAACUUCCGUUUCCAAAGGAUUAUAAAUAUUUCUCGUGUUUACGAUUGCGAAAAUAUAUCGACUGGGCCGAACGUAUUCGAAACUUCAAGGUUCGACCCGACGAUAUUUGGGUGUUGAGCUUUGCAAGAUCUGGUAACAGUUUCGCAUAAAUAAUACAAAAAAAACAUUUUUCCGAAUAUGGUUGCAAAAUACUGUGAAGAAUGAAAUUGAAGAACAAUAUUGAUUCAACUACGGAUUUUGUAUCUCCAAGUUUUAAUUUGCUUGAGUUUUCCACAUUCCUUAAUAAAACCGACGGAGAUGAAAAAUUGGCAGAAUUUAUUGAGCUGACCGAAAGAAGUUUUGAAGCGCUGCAUACAAUUCCAUCACCACGAUUGAUGAAGUCGCAUUUACCAGCCUUUUUUACUUCCCAUUGAAAUAUGGACUGUUCAGCCAAAGCUCAUUCAUAUUAGUCGCGAUGCUAAAGAUGUGGCUAUUUCGCAUUUUCAUAUGGUCCGCAAUCGAGCUCCAUUUUAUAAUGGAAGUGCACAUGAUUUUUUCUGUAGCUAUUAUAACGACUACAUUCUCAAUGGUCCAUUCUAUGAGCACGUUCAGAGUUUUCAUCAGCUUCAUUAUUUGAAUCAUCUACACCUCAUGACAUACGACGAAAUGACAGCCAAUACAUUGUUGUCGGUUAAGCGAUUGAGUGAGUUUUUUGGAAUGUUCAUACAAUGAUGAACAGUUACAACAACGCAUUGACCAUGUUUCAUUUUUAAAAAAUGCGAGAAAAAAUCAAAUUAAAUGCAGCACAUCCAAGUGCUCCUGAUCCUGAUAUCAAAUUCUGUCGAAAAGGUAAAGUUGGCGGCUAUGAAGAUAAAAUGACCGAAGAAGAUAUCGAAAAAUUUGAAGAAUGGACAAUUCGAAAGAAGAAAGUACUGGGAAUGGUCUGAAUGGGCAACUUGACUGCCGCUCAAAAACUCAUCUCCGAAGGUGUUGAUGUUAAUGCUAAGGACGACCGAAAUAGCACAUCACUCCAUUAUGCAGCUGAAAAUGGAUAUGAGAAUGUAACACGGUUCCUUCUUGAACAUGGUGCAAAAGUGGAUGCAAAAUGCAGCGGUGAAAUGACACCACUGCAUUGCGCAGCUCUAGCGGGCCAUGAGAAUGUAGUUCGAGCUCUUAUUGAACAUGGUGCAAAUGUUAGUGCCGAAGACGUAUGGGAACAGACACCACUCCAUUACGCAGCUUCUUUUGGCAGUGUGGGUUUAGUUCGAGCUCUUAUUGAACAUGGUGCAAAUGUGAAUGCUGAAGAGUGCAACAAACAGACACCACUUCAUCACGCAGCUUCUUCGGGCCACGAGAAUGUAGUUCGGGCUCUUGUCGAACUUGGUGCAAAAAUAAAUGCUGAAGACGAAAAAAAAGAAACACCACUUCAUCGUACAGCUUAUGGGCCCAAUAAUAUGGAUGUUGUUCGGACUCUUAUUAAACUUGGUGCAAAUGUUAAUGCUGAAGACUACGCUAAAUGGACACCACUUCAUCGCGCAGCUCAUGAGGGCCAUGAAAAGAUAGUUCGCGUUCUUAUCGAACUUGGUGCAAAAGUGAGGGCUGAAGACAAAGAUGAACAGACACCACGUCAAUUGGCCGAAGCAAACAGUAGGAGUUCAAAUUUUUUACCGAAACUAUAUUAAAAAUUGUUAUGAUUUUAUUUCAACAGUAAGUGCGACGGAAGCACUCCAAAUUUUGAAUGAAGCUGAAGACAAACUGAGACAACAACAACGAGAAAAAUAUACCAAAUAAAUUAUAAGCCCUGACCAAUGUAUCCGAAACGCAUAGAAACAGUAAUAUCGCAUAAUGUCACUGUGCAGAGCGAUGCUCGUACGUUAUCACAUCUAUCGUCAUAUUUCACAUCUAAUGAUAUUUGGUACAUUCUUUCAAUUCAAAUAAUAAUUAAAAACACACUUUACCAAUUUUAUGUUUAAAUUUUACGAGGUUAGUCAUCAUACCGAAAUGAUAUUUUGAGUUAUGUCGAGAAAUUAUUACAAACUCGGUUGUUUGAUGGUUGUUCAAUCGAUUUAUUGGAAUGUUACGUGACUAUUUUUAAUCAAGCUCUAGUAUUAUCUGAUUUAAAAAUGCACUCUGAGUUUUUCUCCGAUGC